GGGAAGGAGCCCCGUCCUUCCGCAGACACUGGUGGCGGCGUCUCCGGGGCCGUGGGCGCCUCCUUUCCCUGCAGCGGGACGGUAAACGUGUCCCCUAAGAAGCAGCUCCAAGCGUCCUCGGAAUUUCAGUGCCACCCGAUACAGAGUCCAGAGGGAGCGCGGAUCUCAGGGCUCAGCACCGGGAGCUGCGAGCCCAGGCCCUGCAAAGGGGCUCCGCGCACCCCCGCGCCGCUCGCGCCCCUCCCCCGUCCGCGCCUCCCCUUUAAGCGCAGGGGCGCGGGCGGAUUUGUGUCGGCGGAGCCGCGGCCGGGGGUGGGGGCGGGGCUGUGCGCGCCGAGCGGGCCUCCUCCGCCGCCCUCCUCCGCCCUCCGCAGCGCCUCGCGGCCCCGGGAGCGCGCGCCGGGGGCGGGCCGUGGGCGGGCCGGGAGGCCGGCGGGGCAGGGGCGGGGAGGCCGGCGGGCGGGCGGCGGCGCUCGGGUCCGCCUCCGACUGCGGCGCGGCGGGGCGAUGUGAGUGCCAUGGCGAGGAGUCUCUGCGCGGGGACCUGGCUGAGGAAACCCCAUUACCUCCAGGCUCGUCUCUCAUACAUGCGGGUGAAGUAUCUUUUCUUUUCCUGGUUGGUGGUUUUUGUUGGAAGCUGGAUCAUGUACGUGCAGUAUUCAACCUAUACGGAACUAUGCAGAGGGAAGGACUGUAAGAAGAUCAUAUGUGACAAAUACAAGACCGGAGUUAUUGACGGACCUGCGUGCAACAGUCUCUGUGUCACAGAAACACUGUACUUUGGAAAAUGCUUGUCCACCAAGCCCAACAACCAGAUGUAUUUAGGAAUUUGGGAUAAUCUACCAGGUCUUGUGAAAUGUCAAAUGGAACAAGCUCUUCAUCUUGACUUUGGAACUGAAUUGGAGCCAAGAAAAGAAGUAGUGCUGUUUGAUAAACCAACCAGGGGAACUACUGUGCAGAAAUUCAAAGAAAUGGUCUACAGUCUCUUUAAGGCAAAAUUAGGUGACCAAGGAAACCUCUCUGAAUUGGUCAACCUCAUCCUGACAGUGGCUGACGGAGACAGAGAUGGCCAGGUCUCCUUAGGAGAAGCCAAGUCAGCAUGGGCCCUUCUCCAGCUGAAUGAGUUUCUUCUGAUGGUCAUACUUAAAGAUAAAGAACACACCCCCAAACUAAUGGGGUUCUGUGGUGACCUCUAUGUGAUGGAAAGUGUUGAAUAUACCUCUCUCUAUGGAGUAAGUCUUCCAUGGGUCAUUGAACUUUUUAUUCCAUCUGGGUUCAGAAGGAGCAUGGACCAGUUGUUCACGCCGUCUUGGCCUAGAAAGGCCAAGAUAGCCAUAGGACUUCUAGAAUUUGUGGAGGAUGUUUUCCAUGGCCCCUAUGGGAACUUUCUCAUGUGUGACACUAGUGCCAAAAACCUAGGAUACAAUGAGAAAUACGACUUGAAGAUGGUGGAUAUGAGGAAAAUUGUGCCAGAGACCAACCUAAAGGAACUUAUUAAGGACCGCCACUGUGAGUCUGACCUGGACUGCGUCUACGGUACAGACUGCAGAACUAGCUGCGACCAGAGCACAAUGAAAUGCACGGCAGAAGUAAUACAGCCAAACUUGGCAAAAGCAUGUCAGCUGCUCAAGGACUACUUACUGCAUGGUGCUCCCAGUGAAAUCCGGGAAGAACUGGAAAAACAGCUCUAUUCUUGUAUCGCUCUCAAAGUCACAGCAAAUCAAAUGGAAAUGGAACAUUCUUUGAUAUUAAAUAACCUAAAAACAUUAUUGUGGAAGAAAAUUUCCUACAUAAAUGACUCUUAGUUCUUUUGGAUAGCAUUGUCAUCAUUCUGUCCCCGGGGCCUAUGAAGCAAGUUAUCACCUGAAAUGUGUUGAUAAUAACGGCAGGUGUAGGGCCAAGCUAUGUUCAGAACUCAUCCCUGCCCUUUCGUAAGUACAUUCACUAUUAAUAUUUUGACUGAAAUUAAUGCUGUGAAAAGCCUCAUUCCAUAAAGAGUGAGUGCGCUGUUGAUCUGUUGGCAAAUCCCACUGCUGGACACGUCGUUUGCAUUGAUGCUGCUGUGUAAACAAGGACAUUUAUAUAUGAAUUUACUAAUGUUUUAGCAUGGUAAAAAAGUCUGCACAUUAACUCAAAUUAAAAAUGCCACACAGGUGAAUUAAAAUGACUCCUUUUAUUAAAA